AUGUCUUUUGACGAUAUCGACAACGCUACACCAGACAUUGUGAUCGGCUCUACUCUUCCCGAGCCAGAGGAAGACGUCGUGUACGAGCACGAGGUGGAGUCCGGCGGCGAAGAGGCCGAGGCUGCCCCUCAAAAGGAGAAAAAAUCUGUCGCCUUUGCUGGAUUGGAAGAUGAGUACGACGAAGAAGAGGCCCGCCGAGAGUUCGAGGAAGGCGGCGGUCUUCCAGAGCAGCCUGAAAACCCAGACUUUUCUUCGAUGACGCCGCUCAGCCCGGAAAUCAUCAACAGACAGGCCACCAUCAACAUCGGUACCAUUGGUCACGUGGCGCACGGUAAAUCCACCGUUGUCAGGGCCAUUUCGGGUGUCCAGACGGUCCGUUUCAAGGACGAGUUGGAGAGAAACAUUACCAUCAAGUUGGGAUACGCCAACGCCAAAAUCUACCGCUGCAGCAACCCAGACUGCCCUCCUCCAGGAUGUUACCGUUCUUUCAAGUCCGACAAGGAAAUCCACCCAAAGUGCCAGCAACCAGACUGUGAAGGCCGUUACAACUUGGUGCGUCACGUUUCUUUCGUCGAUUGCCCUGGUCACGACAUUUUGAUGAGUACCAUGUUGUCGGGAGCUGCCGUUAUGGAUGCUGCCCUUUUGCUUGUGGCCGGUAACGAAUCGUGCCCACAACCUCAGACCUCGGAGCACUUGGCGGCCAUCGAGAUCAUGAAGUUGAACCAUGUGAUCAUCUUGCAGAACAAGGUCGACUUGAUGAGAGAGGAGCUGGCGUUGGAGCACCAGAAAUCCAUUUUGAGUUUCAUCCGAGGCACCAUCGCCGAUGGCGCCCCUAUCGUGCCUAUCUCGGCCCAAUUGAAGUACAACAUUGACGCUGUCAACCAGAUCAUCUGCGACUACAUUCCCGUGCCUCCUCGAGACUUUAUGGCGUCGCCCCGUUUGAUUGUCAUUAGAUCUUUCGAUGUGAACAAGCCAGGUGCCGAGAUUGACGACUUGAAAGGUGGUGUUGCCGGAGGUUCUAUUUUGACUGGUGUUUUCAAGAUUGGCGACGAAAUCGAAAUCAGACCAGGUAUCGUCACCAAGGACGACAAUGGUAAGAUCCAGUGCAAGCCAAUUUUCUCCAACAUUGUGUCGUUAUUUGCCGAACACAACGACUUGAAGUUUGCUGUUCCCGGUGGUUUGAUUGGUGUGGGUACCAAAGUGGACCCAACCUUGUGCCGUGCCGAUAGAUUGGUGGGCCAGGUUGUCGGAGCCAAGGGCAACUUGCCUUCCAUCUACACAGACAUUGAAAUCAACUACUUCUUGUUGAGACGUUUGUUGGGUGUCAAGACCGAGGGCCAGAAACAGGGUGCCAAGGUGCGCAACUUGGAAACUGGUGAGGUGUUGAUGGUCAACAUUGGUUCUACUGCCACCGGUGCACGUGUGGUGGCCGUGAAAGCCGAUAUGGCCCGUUUGCAAUUGACGUCGCCAGCAUGUACGGAGGUCAACGAGAAGAUCGCCUUGUCGAGAAGAAUCGAGAAGCACUGGCGUUUGAUUGGUUGGGCCACCAUCAAGAAGGGUACUACGUUGGACCCUGUCGCAUGA